UGAAUCCGUGGCUUGCACGUCGAGUAGGCAACCCCGUUUCAGCUUAAUUCUAACGUUACGCGAGUCCUGCCUGCGUGCUUAGUGUGUGCUCAGUGUGUCCUCAAACUUAGAAACCGGGAUUCAUUGGCUAAACUGGUUCGGUUAGCCCUGGGAACAUAAGUAUAUUUGUAAGAUUGGUUGGAAGAUUCUGCUUCUUUGAAAAUUAUGGCAAAAUCUGGAGGAAAAGGAAUUAAUCUGAAGGACAAACUGGAUGGCAAUGAGUUGGAUUUAAGUUUGUGUGACCUGAAUGAAGUCCCAGUUAAGGAGCUGGCAGGACUUCCAAAGGCAACUGUUUUGGAUCUGUCCUGUAAUAAUCUUGCUACUUUACCGUCGGAGUUCUGCAGUUUGACCCAUCUAGUAAAAUUGGAUUUAAGCAAAAAUCAGCUUCAGCAUCUACCACCAGACUUUGGGCGCUUGAUCAACUUGCAACACUUGGAUCUGCUGAACAAUCGAUUGGUUACUUUGCCUGUCAGUUUUGCACAACUCAAGAACCUGAAAUGGCUCGAUCUGAAAGACAACCCUUUGGAUUCUGCACUAGCUAAGAUAGCUGGAGAUUGCUUGGAUGAAAAACAGUGUAAACUGGCAGCUGUCAGAGUACUGCAGCAUAUGAGGAUCAUCCAGUCUGAAUUAGAUCGCGAGAGGCAACGAAAGCUACAGGCAGAACAAGAGCUGGAGAAGAAGCGUGAAGCAGAGCGGCGAGCGAGAGAGGCUCAAGAGAGGGAACUGCGUAAGCGGGAGAAGGCUGAAGAGAAAGAACGUCGGAGAAGAGAGUAUGAUGCCCUUAGAAUUGCAAAGCAGAAAGUGACAACACAACAAAGAAGAGAAACAAGUGAAAAUCAAAAACCCUCUGUUUCUCAUCCAUCGCAUCCACUGCAAAAGAAGCGCUCCUGGUCUAGAAUCCUGCUGAAGAUGUUUCUGCUUCUCCUGCUGGGUGCCCUGAGCGCUCUGGCCAUUUGCAGGGUUCCAGAGCUACAGCACCAGCCGGUGUGCAUCGGUGUGAACAUGCUGUAUGAAGAUGCAUUAACCUUUCUACCAAGUCGUGAAAUCUUUCAGAAUAUACUGCAGCCAAACUCACAGCCAUAACGUUGUCUCAGCUCUGAAGGACUCUUGCCUCCUGCUCUUUUUUUUUUUUUGCAUCAACGUAGCCAGAAUUCCUAUGGAAUCGAGCUCUGGUGAAAAUCACUUUUAGUUGUUCAGCAGUGGUGAUUUCAAACAGAGCAUAAAUAAGGCCCAGGUCGUCUUUACUGUCUCUACUUGCAGUUCUUUGGAUAAACGUUUCCUUCCUCCAGAGUGGAGCCUUUUUAGGCUGCAAAUCAUAGACUUCUGGCCUGUAGAAAAGAGUGCCUAUCCUAACAACACUCUUAGCAUGACCAGUGACGUUAGCUUGUCAUUCUAAAAAGCUGUUCUACAAACAACCUUUGCAUAUUACUGUUCUAGCAAGUAUGCUCAUUCUGGAAAUCAUUAUACUAGGUAGCUAAAUCAUCCAUACAGUUGAGAGCAAUGUUUGAUUGUUACAUAAAGUGUCCUUCAAAUCAA